AUGGAACCAAGCCCCAACAAUGGCAACUUAUCUGCGUCAGACAGAAAGCGCAUGCGAGACCGCAAGGCCCAAAAAGUUCUCAGAGAGAAGCGGGAAGGACGAAUCAAAGCGCUGGAGGACCGUGUUGCUUACUGCGAACGACAUCACGGCGCUGGCUGGAUGCAGCAGAUGAUGGCGGCCAUGGACACUCUUCGGCGCGAGAAUGAGAUGCUCCGCGCACGCCAGGAACGUCUUCGCGCCGUUGUCUCCUCAUGGGAACGCGAGGAGAGCGGUUUACUAUCGGCGAACACGCACAACCAUCCCAUCCAGAAGACUGGUCAACAACUAUUAUUGCCUGGUGCCUCUUACCGCCGGGGAGGCGAACUAUCGCCGACAUGGCUCCGGCCUUUGAAUAUCUCCCAUGGGGAAGAUGAGGGACGACCUCUUCCAGAACCAUCAAGGCUUUCGGAAGAUGACAGAGCCGAAGAUACUUCACUUGGACCCAACUCCACCUUUACAAACUCAGUCGAUCUUCUUUACCCCACCCAAACGGCGCCGGUAUCCGUCCCAGCAUGGUGUCUAACCCCAAUCAACGAAGGCGCGCAUAUACCCCCCAUCUCGUCAGUGACGUGCACCUGGCUCGCUAAUCCAGACCUGGUCGCCGCCUGCCCACCCGUCCCCUCACCACUCGACCUCUUACACGGCACAAGACGGAACUACCUAGCAGACAAAAUAAGCCAAGUCAUCCGGCUGCGAGCCAUCCGGCAGCCGGAGCGGCUGGCAAACGGCUGGCUGAUCUACGUCUACAGCAAAUGGCGCGUAUCCCAAAGCCCUGAGACAUUCUCUCGGAUCCCGCCAUUCCUCCGGCCCGUCCUGAUGCAGAUCCAACGGGGCCAUCCAUCUGGGUUGGACGUUAUUGUCUUCCCGCAGAUACGCAUCAAUCUUCUUGAGAACUGGGAUAUGGUUGACUUUCCCGAAAUUAUUGAUUACUUGGCGUGCUGUCAGAAGGUGCGGUGGCCGUGGGGGGAGGAUAUUCUGGAGCGCGAUGGUGACGAUAAUUUUCGGAUUAGGAGGGAGUUUUAUGAUGUGUUUAUGCGGGAGAGUGGGUGGGGUCUGACGCCGGAAUUUAUCGAGAAUUGUUUUUUGAAGCCGAUAUUGCAUCCUAUUGGCCGGUAA